UCACUGUAGAGCGCAGAGGAUUAUGGUUAGACAGCGGAAGUAAGAUGGCGGAGGUGACGGAUGAGGAGUUUUCUCUCUGAUGGUUGGAAACAGAAGAUCUUGACUUCAUCCUGCGGAGGAUCAGACAGCAGCAUGGCAGAUGAGGACGAGAAACCUGCCGUUGCUCCUCCAGUGUUUGUGUGUCAGAAAGAUAAAGCACAAAAGAGGUCAGCAGAGGGAUCCAGCUCAGAGGAUGGAGAGGAAGAGAAAACUGUGGGGUUUCGCCUGAAACCCCCGACUCUAAUCCAUGGCCAGGCACCGAGCGCUGGUGUCCCCAGCCCGAAACCCAAAGAAGCCCAGCGCAGCAUCCUGCGACCUCCAGUGCUGCAGCCCCCUCCGGCUCGAUCCCCCCCACAGAACGACUCGAGCGACAGCAGUUCAAACGGAGCGAAGAACCUCUCAGAUGGAGGAGCAGAAUGUGAACGUAACUCAGAGACGUCUGCUGCUGGCACACAGGAUAAUGACGUGUCACCGGUAAAGAGCAACAGCACUUUUGGGCACAAAACAGAAGACAAAACUGAAGGUGCCCCAAUUGAGAGCAGUUUUGUGUUUGGACAGAAUAUGAGGGACAGAGCAAAGGUGGCCAACAGCUGUGUCUCAUCCGAAAGUGGCGAUUCAGAGGAAACAAAUUACUUUUUGCAGUAUAUCACUUCCAGUGCACAAAAACCUGACAGCAGCGAUGCCAACAGCGUGAAGUUUGUCUUUGGGCAGAACAUGUUGGAUCGUGUCUUGGCACUGCCAAAAUUCAGCACUGAACCUCCAGGGAGCAGCAAAGAGCCUCAGUCAGAGAUGGGCCUGUUCAGCCAGAUUUCCUCCUCACACGAUCAAACCGUGGAGAAGAGUGACAACAUGAAAGAGUCUCUGGAGGAGUCGGCGGCGCGACACGAAGCACACAAACCACAGAAGUGUUUAUUAGAGCAGGUGGAGGUCAGGACAGGAGAGGAGUCUGAGAGCAAUGUGCUGCAGAUGCAGUGUAAGUUGUUUGUGUUUGAGAUGACGUCUCAGUCAUGGGUGGAGAGAGGAUGUGGAGUGCUCAGGCUCAAUGACAUGGCGUCCGCUGAUGACGGCACCUUACAGUCCAGACUGGUCAUGCGGACUCAGGGAAGUCUUCGAGUGAUCCUCAACACUAAGCUUUGGCCUCAGAUGCAAGUGGAUAAAGCCAGUGAGAAGAGUCUCAGAAUAACAGCCAUGGACACAGAGGAGCAGGGCGUCAAAGUCUUCCUCAUAUCUUCCAGCUCUAAGGACGGUGCGCAGCUCUUUGCAGCCCUGCACCAUCGUAUCCUGGCGCUGCGGAGCAUCAGCGGACAGGAGUCUGACGGCCAGCCGGCCAUCCGCUUCAGCGACGACGACGAGUCCCGCACGCCCCCCACAGCAGCCACGCCUGCUCCAGGUAAUCCAGAGGCAGGUGUGUGUCCAUCCACAGGUGACACAUAGUGCUGAGCCUGCUGCUGAUAUUCAUCCCACAAUGCCUCACUGCAGCCCUCUGAUCCCCUCAAAUACUAUGCAGGUGUUUUUUCUCCAAACUCCUUAAGGUGUACUGUAGUCAUGUGUUCAGCUGGUUUUAUUUAUUGCAUUGUAACAGCAAAAAAGCUCAUCUUCAGGACUGGACGCAUAACACUUUCAAUGUCAUCAUAUUGAUGAAAAUGAGAGGCUCUUAGUGUUUUAGUAAACCGAUUUUCCAUUCUAAAUGUGAGACUUAAUUACUCGCACAGAGUUAACAGAAACCAAACACGGAUGUUUGUUGUCCCAUCUCAUCUUCCAUCACAGUUCUGCUCAGUUUCAGCUGUGUUGUUAAAAUCAUCCGUCACUUUCUCACUUUAGAUCUCAGAAUGACUUCAGAUGAGUCCUGGGAUGUGUAAGCGGCGUUUAAUGUACUCGUAUAGUGCUGUAGAACAGUACAAUAUUAAAAGAGAGCUGAUCGUCCAUGUGACUGCUCUUAUAUCAAUUUUUCUAAACAUUUCAGAAUCAGAAACUUUCACACUGCAGCUUUAAGUGGACCUCAUUUAUUAUAUUAUGCAUAUUAUAUCAAAUUUGUUUAGUCUCUUUACUUAAAGGAAAAGUUCACCUAUAAAUGAAAAUUCUGUUCUGACAGAAGAUAUUUUUGAGGAUUCUGGGUUUGGAUGCGUAAACAGUGAAAUGUUUCAGCUUUUACAUAUCAUUGCAGUGAGGUUGACCAUUGUACAAAUACUUACUGUAAAUUAUUCUCCAGUUUCAAUGCAAUAGUACCUUUUCACACAGUAUAUUUUUAUGAAUAUGUCCUGUAAAUCAAGUUAGUACUGUACAUAGUUUAGGAUCAAAAGUUUUAUAGCAAAAUGUCUUAUUAAGGACAUUAAUUACUAUCAUAAAAUGGGUUCUCUAUUGUCUGUUACUACCGUAAUACUAUAUACAGUGGUUUUCACCUAAAUAUUUUGUUUAUUGAGGAGUUUUUUGUCGUUAGAUUAGUGAAAGAUUCUGUGCCCUGUUUCUCUUAUUUAACAGAUAUUUUGUUUAAAAGUUGCACAGCAUAUUUUACGUUUUGUGAUUGCGCAGCUGUAGAACUGGCCUGUUGGGGUGAAUCUCACAGAAUCUGUCAGGGUUGUAUUUCACACUAAAAUAAGAUCAUUAAAGGAAUGGUUCAACCAAAAAUGAAACUUUGCUGAAAAUGUCCUCACCCUCAGGCCACCCG